AUGGCAAUGACAGUUUUCUCUCUCCUAUUACUAAAAGCUUCUGAAUUUCCAGAACAACUUAGCUGGUGGAAAGGUUGCUUUGCCUGCAGCAGCGCCAACCAGGAGGGUGGUGUUCGUGAUAAGGACUCAGAAACUCUCCUGGAUGACUUCCUUCUCACGUACACAGUCUUCAUGACGACUGAUGACUUGUGCCAGGCGCUUCUGAGGCACUAUUGUGCUAAGAACCACCAAGGGAAAGAAGACGACUCUGAUGUGUCCUGUAGAAAACGAAAGGUCUUGCAUUUGGUGUCUCAGUGGACUUCUCUCUACAAAGAUUGGUUACAUGAAGAUGAGCAUUUAAAACAAUUUUUAAAGACGAUAUACAGGAAUGUGUUAGAUGAUGUAUAUGAAUAUCCCAUUCUUGAGAAGGAACUGAAAGAAUUUCAGAAGAUACUUGGCAUGCAUCGUCGUCACACUGUAGAUGAGUAUUCACCUCACCGAAAGAAUAAAACCUUUUUCCACCACUUCAGCCUAAAGGAGAACUGGCUGCAGCACAGAGGAACCAUGAAUGAAACAGAAGAAAUUUUCUGCCGUGUGCAUAUAACGGAGCACUCCUACGUCAGUGUGAAAGCUCAAGUAUCCACUUCAGCUCAGGAGAUACUGAAGAUUGUAGCAGAAAAGAUCCAGUACCCGGAGGAGGAGUUGGCGCUGGUGACAGUCACGUUCUCUGGUGAAAAACAUGAACUACAACCAAAUGACUUGGCUAUCUCAAAAUCUUUUGAGUCAUCCAGUCGUAUGUUUGUCUACCGAAAAGAUCUGACUGAUUCUUUGAACCCGUUUGCUGAAAACGAGGAAUUGCAGCAAAGGUCUGUGAGAAUUUUGGGAAUCAACACCUGGGAUCUUGCCUUAGAACUAACAAACUUUGACUGGAGCCUCUUCAAUGCAAUUCAUGAGCAAGAGCUGAUAUACUUCACGUUCAGCAGACAGGGCAGUGCUGAAAACACCGAGAAUCUCAGUCUUCUGCUUCAAAGGUGCAACGAGGUCCAGCUUUGGGUCGCCACCGAGAUACUCCUCUGCAGCCAGCUCUGCAAACGUGUACAGCUAGUCAAAAAGUUCAUCAAGAUUGCUGCCCACUGUAAAGCCCAAAGAAAUCUGAAUUCAUUCUUUGCUAUUGUUAUGGGUCUCAACACUGCAUCUGUCAGCCGACUGUCUCAGACCUGGGAGAAAAUUCCUGGGAAGUUCAAGAAGCUUUUCACUGAACUUGAAAGUUUGACGGACCCGUCUCUGAAUCACAAAGCUUACAGAGAUGCAUUCAAGAAAAUGAAAUCUCCGAAAAUCCCCUUCAUGCCCUUACUUCUGAAAGAUGUAACAUUCAUCCACGAAGGAAAUAAAACUUUUCUGGAUAACCUUGUUAAUUUUGAAAAGCUGCACAUGAUUGCGGAUACUGUUCGAUCAUUGAGACAUUGUAGAAAUAACCAGUUCGGCAAUGAAGUUCCUUCAAAAGAACAUCAUGAGCUGAAGCCAUACGUCCAUCACCUGCAUGUCAUCGACAGCCAGCAAGCUCUGUUUGAGCUUUCUCACAGGAUAGAGCCGCGAGCGUGAGCGUACACAGCUUCAUAUAACCUUGUAACUGCAGCACUUUGAAUUAAGUGAAUGUUUAUACCAAGCAUGUUGCUUCCCUAUAUAAGAACAGUUUACUGAGUUUUAUCAGUAGCUCACACAACAUGCGCAGGAAAAUCAGGCGAGAGCCAGCAAAGGAGCUGCUCACAGAGUUGCAGGGCAAGCUUGGUGCCAUCCCCGCUGGUCACCGGGAUGGAGGGAGCGGAGCAGCAUCCUUUGAGCUCAGGAGCUUGGUUUCUGUGAAAAUAUUGUUUGGUCCAGUGUAGCUUUCAAUGCAGAUUCUGCCAGUGUUAGAAUGAAAGGAAACGUUUUGUCACAGCAGCAAACAUUUCAGCAAGCAACAUGCCGCAAGGGGCUGAUUCUCAUUUCACCGCUGUAUGUACCUCACCAAUUCAAGGCUGCCAAAAUGUUGUUGCCAAAAACUGUGCAAUCCGUGCAGCUCCCCUGAGUCCACUGGAGCAUCUUAUUUGAGAUAAGUGCAGACAACCAGGAAUGGGAAUAUAAAAAGGCAGCACACCAGAUGAAACUCAAGAGCACGUCGUGAUGUGGAGGUCAGCAGUAAACAGUUCACACUAUUAUGGCCCCUUAGGAAUCUGCUUUAUAAAACACACUGUAAGAGCCAAUCCACUUUUGUUGCAAUUUCUGGACACAAUUGUUUGUACACUGAAAGCACGUUAUUUUCUUCCUUUUCAGUUAUAUCAGAUUAAGCACCAGCUCCUGCAGUUAACAUGUUAUAAAUUAUUACAGCAGGAGCUUUGUUUUCUGCUUGGAUUACAGCCUGCUUGGUGUCUAUUCAGAGGCAAUGCUUAGAUCCACCUACAUUCCUAACUCACCUCCUGGAAAUACUGUUUCAGCAGGUAAAACUUCACCUAACUUGCCCACGCUUCUAGUUUUUAAAGGAAAAAAGGGUACACCUUACAGGGUGCCAGUGUAAUUACCUGCAUACACACUGGGCUCUCAGCAUUAGAG